UACUGUGAGGAUCACGUGAGAUAAUACAUCUGAAAGGAUUGGGGAAAUGUAAAGACUAUUCCAAUGGCAGCUUUCUCUCUUUUCAACUGAAAAGAGAACGCUGGGCUAUUCAAAUAGGGAGGCGCGAGGCCAAGCGCAGCCUCAAUGUGGUCAUUGUCAUCAGGCCGCCCCUCCCCCGCGUGGAGCGCAUCCCCAUGGCAACGUGGGCUUUGCCUCUCUCCGCCUCCUCGGGCCUGCAGACCGGAAGCAGUCCGCGCUGGGGGCUUCUGGGAAGCGGCUUGUGAGCGGCGUUUCUGCGUCUGUCUUGGACAGCGAAGCUGCUGCUUUCUGAGCCAGAGAGAUUGAACUCAAGUCCUGUAGCACAGUAGGCAAACUGUCUGUCACAGACCUCAUCCCCAGCUCCUCCACCCCAAGGCAGGCCUCACACUUGCUAUCCUCUUGUCUCAGCUUCCCAAGUAGCUAGAAUUAAAGGAGUACCUGUAACGAACAAACACCAGGUGUUUCCCUGAGGCUUACAUUCUUCCUCGUCUUUGCCUGAAGUAUAUAUCAGAAUGUCUGCACAGUCCGUGGAAGAAGAUUCAAUACUUAUCAUCCCAACUCCGGACGAAGAAGAAAAAAUACUGAGAGUAAAGUUGGAGGAGGAUCCUGAUGGUGAAGAGGGAUCAAGUAUCACAUGGAACCAUCUCCCUGACCCAGAGGUUUUCCGACAGCGAUUCAGGCAGUUUGGAUACCAGGAUUCACCAGGACCCCGUGAGGCUGUGAGCCAGCUUCGAGAACUUUGCCGACUGUGGCUCAGGCCAGAGACACACACAAAGGAACAAAUCUUGGAACUGGUAGUGCUGGAACAGUUUGUUGCCAUCCUACCCAAGGAGCUGCAGACUUGGGUCCGAGAGCAUCAUCCAGAAAAUGGAGAGGAAGCAGUAACAGUGCUGGAAGAUUUGGAGAGUGAGCUGGAUGACCCUGGGCAGCCAGUUUCUCUCCCUCGACGGAAACGGGAAGUGCUAGUAGAAGAGAUUGUCUCUCAAGAAGAAGCUCGGGGAUUACCAAGCUCUGAGCUUGAUGCUGUGGAGAACCAGUUGAAAUGGGCAUCCUGGGAGCUCCAUUCCCUAAGGCACUGUGAUGAUGAUGCUAGGACUGAAAAUGGAGCGCUAGCUCCAAAGCAAGAGAUUGCAUCGGCAGUAGAAUCUCAUGAAGUUCCUGGGACUCUCAAUAUAGGUGUUCCUCAAAUUUUUAAAUAUGGAGAAACCUGUUUCCCAAAGGGCAGGUUUGAAAGAAAGAGAAAUCCCUCUCGAAAGAAACAACAUAUAUGUGAUGAAUGUGGAAAACACUUCAGUCAGGGCUCUGCCCUUAUUCUUCAUCAAAGAAUCCACAGUGGGGAGAAACCUUAUGGAUGUGUUGAGUGUGGGAAAGCAUUCAGCAGAAGUUCCAUCCUUGUACAACACCAGAGAGUACAUACUGGAGAAAAACCUUACAAAUGUCUUGAAUGUGGGAAAGCUUUUAGCCAGAAUUCUGGGCUUAUUAAUCAUCAGAGAAUCCAUACUGGGGAGAAACCUUACGAAUGUGUUCAGUGUGGGAAAUCCUAUAGUCAAAGCUCAAAUCUUUUUAGACAUCAGAGAAGACAUAAUGCAGAAAAACUUCUGAAUGUUGUGAAAGUUUAAGAAAUUAUAAAAAAUCAGCACUCAGGUCUUUUUCUUCAGAAAUGAAGACAAAAUUUAAAACAUGAAGUGAUACAGAAUACAGAAUAGUUUUCCCCUGUCGACUCUCAGAAAAUCUACUGGGAAAUACUAAAAAAUCUUCACUCACCAUGAUUAUUUUAUCUUGAAAGAAAUGGUGUUAUGCCUGCCUAGAAACUGAAAUUUUAAACUUAAUUCAGCAUUCCCAGAGGAGGUCACCGCCGAGAUUCGCAGAGCCAUAGUUCUCUCACCAGGGUGUUAUAUUUGGAGGGAAAGGAAGACUCAGUUCCAAGAGCUAGCUGGCUCUCCAGCUUUCUUCGAGGUGAGUCCAAGAUAAACUUUAUCACAGUUUGGCAGUGUAUGAAUCUUUUUUUAAAAAACGGAGCAAUCUCUAGUAGCAUUGAGGUUGUACCUACAUGUUGAAUGGACUGUUCUACUUUAAAAAUAAGGAACUAGGCUAUUAACAGCUAGUUUGUUAACUAUCAGAAUUGAUUGAACUAUUUUUUUUAACUUUCGUCUUAACACAUUUUAAAAAUGUAUUAAAGUAAUACGUUGUAGUAGUAGGAUUAUAUACUCCUUGGCUGAGAAUCCCAAGUACUGUGGUUCUACUGUUUCGUGGAAAACUCGGGAAGUUAAAAUAUUGAGUAAGAGAAAAGGCUUUUUUAAAAUGGGCAUCACAGUAUGGAAAAUGAUCCAUGUGAAUACAAAUACUUAGUAGUUCCAGAUAUUUGGGUUCUAUCUGGUGUUUGGAUCAGAUUUUAAAAUGGAAGGUGAGAUUUGCAUGAGCCUAUUAAAAAGCAUAGUAAUGCUGGGCCAGCUGGUAGAGAAGUGAGGCAGAAUGGAGCUUGUUUAUAGAUUUUCUGAUAACAGUUACAAGAAACGUGCUUUAUAGAUUAAGAUUUAUUGACGUAUAAAUAUGUAGUAACGAUAUAAUGUAUUUUAAGUUAUACAAGAAACUAUAGGGACUUUUGUUUGGGUCUUUUUCUCUUUGUGGCUGAGAGGAAACAAGUCACUGUCCAAUAAAGCUGUAAACUCCUCAGCUCUUAAGGUAAAAUGAUCUUGGGUUGAUUGAUCUAUUUAUUUAUAACUGGCUUUUUUCCAAGUAGGUUUUGAGGUAGUAUAUUUGGAAGACUGCUGGGAUGACAGAGUUCUUGUAUCAGAGUAGGUAAGAAGGGAGUGGGUCUUUCAGGCUGGAAAUUUUAUGCUUUUAAAUAUCUUAUAUAUUGCCCAUAUACAAGGAAGUUUCCCUGUGGUAGAUUUGCCAUAAAUGCCAAAGAUACUUGGUAAUGUGAGAGCACAGAAAGGUAGCAUUAGAGUUGACAAAUACGAUUUUUGUCUUGCCAGCUCUGAUACCUGUGCAUUGUUCAGAAAGGAUUCUGAGGCUAAGGCAAGGCUUUGGGGAAAGAGGACUGGACCAAAAAUAACUGGAUGGUGGCACAUGGGGAAAGGAAGUGAUGAGAUGUGUGCUCACCAUCUCCAGUUAAGCUUGAGUCCCACUGGACAAGUUGGUUCAAAAUAACGGUUCAGUGAAUUAUAUCAUCCAGACAUUGGUAUAUACCCACACAGGUAAACGUGGUAAUUUGCGGGAUGCCUAGCUUCUGAUGAAGUGGUGAAGUGGCAGUUGCUAGGCAGUGGCCUAACCAGGACUCUGGAUAGCAAAUGAGACUUGUGUUAGGGCAUGCAGACUGCUGGUGACUUAUUCAGCAGCCACUGAGCAUUUGUUAGUUGCUGUUAAAUUUUCUUCUGGUUUUCUGGGAAGUUAUGCUCUUCGCACUGACACUUAUUUGACAUUUGAUCAUUUGUUUGGAGGGGAAGGUUACACAUAUUGGAAUCUAAUUCAUGCUAAGCAUUGAAUUAGUCACUACCCGUAUUACUUCUAUUUGUAGACUAGGAAAUCAAGAUUCAGAGACCUGCAUGCGACCAGUAAGAGCUAAAAAUCAAAUCUAGUUUUCUGGACUCCAGAGACAUACUUUUUCACUAUGUUGAGUAAUGUCUAUUAAAUCUUAGUUGAUAAAUACUACAUUUAUAUGUUCUAUGGUUAGCAUGCUCAUCUGAAUUAAACAUGCUUCUCUGAAUUUUUACAGUACAGAAAUGUAAAAUGGAAAGGACAUUUUCUUUUAUAACCGUACGCAGAAGUGAUGGUACCAUGGUUUGUUCUUCUAGAUUUAGGCAUACACAUGUUUAAGCAAAAAAAAAAAAAACAACAACAAUGGCUAACACUUAUGGUUCUUGUGUAUAAGCUACCAGUUGAAGUGCUUUACCACUGAUUAAUUCUUAAUCCUUGGCAACAGUAUGAGGUAGGUACAUACCCCAUUUUACAGGUACUGUGCUAAAACUUGCCUCCCCUCCUCUCACAUUAUUGAGUAUACACUAAUUUAUUUAACCAACCCCAUCUUGGCAGAUUAAGUUCUUUAUGGAUACAGAUAGAGUCUACUUAGCAUCCCUGUACAUACAUCUUGCUACUUAUGUGGGUAUUUCUGCAAUAUAAAUAGCUAGAAAUGGAUUUAUUGGUUAGAGAAUGCACAUCUGAUAUUUUGAGAAGUACCGUGAAAAAGAUUACCAGUUUAUAUCUCCAUUAACAGUAAAAAUGCCUGCUUACCUACAGUCUCACCAACACUGCAUCCUUGAAAAUUUUUGCCCUUUUGAUAGAAUAUCUUUCGCUUCGUUGUGCCUUCCUUUAAUUAGUGGGGAGGAACACUUUUUCAUGUAUAUUGACCAGUUUCACUUCCUUUGUGAAUUGCUUUCAUCCAUUUUUCUUUAAUUGUGGAAGUAUAAAUUACUACCCUCUCAUUAUAUAAAAUUUAAUUGGUACCCAAGUGUAAGAACCAAGACCAUUUUUCCAGGGCUUCCAAUCACAUUCCACUUUCCACAGUUUAGUAUAUAUCUUUCCGCUACCCUUUCCAUACAUUUCCAUAUGAAUAGACAUAGCUUAUAAACACUAUUUUUACAUAAAUAGGAUCAUAUAUAGGAAUUGCUUUUUUGUCUCAAAGAUAAGGAAGUCUUUAAUGUUUGAAUGGGAUUAAAUACUAUGAAGAUAACAUUAUUUAUUACCCAUUUUUCUUGUGCUGUUAUAUUGCCAAAGUAAACAUCUUACUCAGAUGUCUUUGUGCAUAUGAGUGAAUGUUUCUUUAAGUUGGAGUCCUAUAAAGUGGAUUGUUGGGUUGAAAGGUUUGCCAUCUUGACAGACCUACCUUAGCCUUCCAAAAUAUUUUCGUAACUUUUAUAUUUUCACCAACUGUAUGGAAAGUGCUUAUUUCCCCAUAUAGCCUUACCUACACUUGAUAGUUUCUAUCUGUUGGACAAAAGAGAGAGAGAAUCCUUACCUUGUUUUGCAUUUCCCUGAUAAAUAGUGAAGUUGGGUCAUACAUUUAUUGGUCAUUUAUAGUUUUAACAUUGUAUCUUCUACCUACUUUUCUGUGGGGUUGUGUGGAUAUUUGUUCCUUUUGUUUGUUCAUCAUCUCUUUCCCUGUUUUCUGGUAACAAAACCCUUAUUUAUUGUGGUAAACCUAUUCCAUGUGGCUUAGGUGAGCACAUAAACAGGCUUGGCCUCCUGAGUCUCAUAGCUCCCUAGCCACAGCAAUUAAGAAUGGACAUGUAAUUUAAGCCAGGCUACUAAGGAGAGCCCUCAACAGAACUGCUAGAACUACUGGAAACAAGGUUUUAUGGAGAUCCCAGGAAGCAAGGAUGAUGUAAGCCUGAACUUGUACCAUACGGAGAAAGUCUGUCUGUGGGGAAACUCGGAGGCUAGCAGAAAUGGAAAGAGAACUAAGUUCUAAUAUCAUUUUCCUGGAGGCCCUUGAUCCAGCUGUGCCUAAAGCCUGCCCUACCUCUGGACUUUAAAGUUUUGUGAGCCAAUAAAGUCCCUUUCUUGUUUUAAGAUAAUUUGAUUUGGUUUCUGUCCUGAUUAAUAUAGGUUAUUUGUAUUUUCUUAUUGAUUUGUAGAAAACCUUUGUAAUUUUAAAUUCUAAACUUAUACUUCAUGCGCUAUACGUUAAUAAAACUAGCAUGGCCUUCUAUGAUUUGGCCUCUCUCAA